CGGCGCGUAACACCAUGCUUGGUUUAGCAGCUUAACUAGGUAGUGUCAAACUGGUCAUUGGGUUAUAUGAAGAAGUCAUUAAAUCAACCAGGAUUAUAUGGGUAUUAGGUUGCAUUAAUUCAAAGAGACUUUAUGACUUUUAUUUUAUUUAAUCUUUUUAAGAAGUUUAUUCAAAUGUAGACACACCCUCUCAUGAUUUUUUGUCCAGGAAAAAAAAAAAUUUACCCGCCUUUAGGAUUUAUUAAAAAUGAUUUAAAAAAACUUAAAUUUAAAAAGAGAAAAAAAGUAUAGAAAAAGAGAAUUUAUGAAUUUCAUUAUUCAUUUUAGACAUUGAUAGGAUUUUAUUGCCCCCAAAAAAUAUUUACACGAAAAAAAAAAAAACCCCUACAAAUAAAUAUCGAGACACAGUCUUUCCCUCUCAGAGUCGUCGUUACUGUACAGAUGGUUUUCAGAACUUGCGCUUCUCUUUUAGCAAGAAGCACUCCAAGAGGUAAGCUUUCAUACCCACCACUAAGACACACUAAUAACUCCGAUAUCAAACUAACGAACACAAAAUUCAAUGCCUCACUUUCCAACCCAGAUCUCCCUCUUGACAAUUUCUUAAAAUCAAACUGUAAAUCAGGCAACAUCAAUCUCAACGAUGCAUUAAGCUUCUUUGAUCAGAUGCUUCUCAUGCAACCCAUUCCUCCUACUUCAUCCUUCAAUCUAUUGUUAGCUGCAGUUGCCAAAAUCAAGAACCAUCACCAUGUCUUGUUGUUAUAUAAUCAAAUCAUAUCAGUCGGUGUAUUGCCUAAUUUCAUUACGCUCAACAUUUUGCUUAAUUGUUAUUGCAAUUUGAGUCGGGUUGGUUUUGGUUUCGGGGUUUUGGGUGGAAUUCUGAAGAGGGGUUAUGCCCCGAAUACUGUAACUUAUACAUCACUGAUGAAGGGGUUCUGUAUGGAGGGUGAGAUUGGUGAGGCGGUUGGGUUGUUGAAGAAAAUGGUGGGAUUGGGUUGUCGACCCAAUAUAAUUACGUAUGGGACUUUGAUUAAAGGAUUGUGUCAAUCGGGCAACACAAGCUUUGCACUUCAGUUGCAUGACGAAAUGUUGAAUGGGAAUGGUGGUCUCCGUUUCAAGUAUGAACCGAAUUUAGUUUGCUAUAGUACCAUUAUUGAUGGUCUUUGUAAAGAUGGGUUGAUAGAUAGGGCUAAACAACUCUUCUUGGAGAUGAAGGAUAGGGGAAUUUCGUCAGAUGUAGUUGUUUUUAGCUCCCUAAUUCAUGGUUUGUGUUAUGCAGAUAAGUGGGAAGAGGCCAAAAGUUUCUUCAAUGAGAUGUUGGAUCAAGGCAUUCGUCCUAAUGUAAUAACGUUUAAUGUGUUGAUAGGUGCACUUUGUAAGGAGGGGAAGAUCCAAGAAGCACAAAGGUUGUUAGACUUAAUGAUUCAGAGAGGUGAGGAGCCCGAUACUUUUACAUAUAACACUUUGAUGGAUGGGUUCUGUUUGGAGGGUAGAGUUGAUGACGCCAGGGAGUUGUUUGUUGUGAUGGAGACUAAGAGCCAUGGGCUUGAUGUUAUUAGUUACAAUGUGUUGAUCAAUGGGUAUUGCAAGAGUUGGAGGACAGGGGAAGCAAUGGGGCUCUACAGGGAAAUGCUUAGUAAGGGAAUCAGACCUACCAUUAUUACUUGCAACACUUUAUUAGCUGGUCUUUUUCAGCAAGGUAAUGUUAGGAACGCACGAGAGCUUUUUGCUAAAAUGCAAGUCCAACACAUGAUACCAAAUUCAUCUACAUAUAAUAUAUUCUUGGAUGGGCUUUGCAAGAAUGGCUGCCUUGUGGAGGCAAUGGAAUUGUUUCAGACGCUUGAUAGUAGAGGGUUUGAACCGAGCAUUAUAAUCUUUAACUGCAUUAUUGAUGGGUUGUGCAAAGCAGGAAAGCUUGAUAUUGCCAUGGAGCUAUUUAGCAGAUUGUCUCAAAAAAGUUUGGUGCCAACUGUUGUAACAUAUUCCAUCAUAAUUAAUGGACUUUGUAAACAAGGGCAGUUGGAAAAGGCAAAUGAUUUGUUUCUGGAAAUGGAAGACAAGGGUUGUGCUCCAAACAUAGUCACAUUUAAUACUCUUAUGCGUUGUUUUUGUGAGAAUAAUGAGGCACCAAAAGUGGUAGAACUUCUUCAAAAAAUGGUAGAGAGAGAAGUCACACCAGAUACAUCCACAGUCUCCAUAGUAGUGGACUUACUGUCAAAGGAUGAAAAAUACCAUGAAUAUUUGAAUAUGCUUCCGACAUUUCCUGCUGAGGGGCCAAAAGACAGAUGACAUGUUUAACGCAGUCACUAACAUGGGCUUUCGUUAACGACCCUAAUUUGAAAGAAUUUCUGGAUUAAGGUCAUACCAGAAGUAUGGCAGCAUGAAAGUGCAUUACCAAAGUCCCAAAGGAAAUCAUAUUUAAUUUUGAAGAAUACCUUGAUGGGUCAAUCUAACGAUGUUCUGAUAUGGGCAAUCUUUUGAGAUGACUAGUUAUACAUCUGCAAUGUAAUGUGAAACUCCAUGAAUCAAGAUGUUUGUUCAGAAACAUGGGCAUGGAACACAGUACGUGUCGAAUAUUUCCUCUUGCUCUCAUGAACUGAGAAAGCGGUAAAAACAAAUGGUUUAUCAAACAAGGGUGAUAAACAGAUACAAAGUUAGGUUUGACAGGUCUUUCCCUCCCAGUACCUUGCAGGAUUUGGGACUUGAGAAAACUUCCUGGAAGCCUUUUUAGCUUGGUUGAAAGGACAAAAAAGAUUCUGCAAAGGAAGAGCCAGAUGUUCAUAUUCCUCAUGCCUUGGAUGGUUUGCUGAGGGUUCGUAAUAGCAUUAUUAAUGGGGACAGUGAUCCAGCUCAUACUCCAUCUGGUGCUGGUGGGAUGGUUUGUACAAAAUCUAUUUAAGAAACUUCUACUUGUACAAUUCGUGUUCUUGGAGCAGGUAGUUUAUCAGUUCAAUUCCAUCCAGUAUCAUUUGAAUCUUGUUUGUAUUUACAAAAUAAGCAUUUAUCUGCUAUGAGAUGUCUUUCUUUUGUCCUUGUUGUUUCUAUUCCUUAAUGUUGUCUUUUUCUUCUGGUUGUGAAUUUUCCUUGUUUAUAUUUACUUCAUCCCAUACAUUCCUUUUACCUGUCCAAAUAUUUAUAGUUUGUUUUCUCAUCUUUUGCUGCUAGAGUUAUAUGUGUGAAAGGAGCAUUUAUAAUCAUUGAAACUCAUUUUAGCUCUUGCUGCAAUUAGGUGUUUUCAAUAUCCAACUUAUUAUUUCAUGGUAUCUGAGUAAAGUAUAUGGUCCUCAUUACUUCAGAAAACCUGCCACCCUUUCCUCCGCCAGAUGACAGCACUGUUGAGAUACAAGGGAGCCUGCAGGUGUGCAUAAAACAGUUGAACUGAUUGCAAACCAUCUUAGGAAAUUUUUAGUUGUUCGCAGUGUCAUUGCAGUAUUUGAGAUGUAAAUAAGUUUGCUCCUCAUAUAUUCUUAGAACAUUGUAGGCUAUUAAGAGUGCUAACUAGAUGGGUGCAUAUGAAUGAGAGGUUAAUAUGCCAUUAUUGUACUUUUACAAUACUUUCCCGCUCUUCUUAAUGAUUACUGAUGAAUGGCGGGCUUGGUGUAUACUGGAAAAUGGGUCAAGCAUACAAGGUGCUAAUGCACAAAAGAUGGGGGAAAAUAAGUCUCCCAUCAUUUAUUUUGAAUGACUUACUACUUAUAUUGGUGUAACAUAUUGGCAAAUUACUAAAAUGGUUGUUUGCCCUACUCCCUUGGGGCAAAUAAUAUUUGAUAAACACAAUAUCAAAACUUAAUGUAGUAAUGUGAAGUACCAAUUUGGCUUUUGGGGCUGUGUGUUGUUUCAUUCAGAAUCGGGCUUGAGUUCUAAGCUUAAGUUGAGCUAGGCAAUCUUAGGCGGGUUGUUGAAAUGUUAACCCACCCUCCUUGCCUCAAACCGAAAAGAAAAAAGAAAAGCUGGAUUACAUGAAGUUUCACUUACCUCGGUCAUGUGCUUUUUAGUUUUAUCUAUAAUGCUUGUAAAUUAUUUUGGUCAGAUGCAAACGGCAAAUGUUAAUCAGACCAUGCCCCCACCCCAAUCUUGGGGCCCCUCUUCCCAAGGUUUUUCGAUGAACACUGGUGGUGGAUCUGGUUUUGCGCCUGAUCCUCAAUACAUGCAGCCUCCACGUCUAUUUGACUAUCCACCAGCAGACUUGCCUCCUAUGGACAAGCAGCCUCAUCAGUGUCCUCCUGCUUAUGGAAGAGGUGUGUUUAUGGGUGUUAACAUGAGUACAGCCACAACAAAGGUGAUAUUCUUUGCUUAUCUUUAUUUUUUGCUGUAGAUAGUGUAAGAAGGGAAUAUUUCCCAAUGGGAUGGGUGCACUAAACUUUUUUUCCCUCUUGAUAACUCACUUUUUUUUUUUUUUUCCUCAUUUUAUUUAUUUAUUAAAAAUGAUAUAAGUACUUCAUUUUUCUAUCUUACCUAGUCCAAAUGCUAAAAUGAGUAAUGGAAAUCCAAAUAUUAAUCAACAGUGGAAAGUUACUAAAUUAUUUUUCACGUCACAGUUGAUUGAGUUGUCAUUUUGAUUUUUACUAGUGAAAUGAUGACCUAAUUUCAUUACCUAUUUUAUGCUAAAUAAGACUGUCCUUUACAAAUUCCCAGGUGGGUGUGAGCUUGAGGCCAAGGUAUGAUUUUUCAAAAUUAUACCGUACCAAAAAAGGUUCUUUAAACUAUUUAUUUGGUAAAGGUUUUACACGCCCAAUGGUAUAACUUCCCUACCCUCAAAAAAAGAGGGGCGUGGGAAAUGUGUGUGUGAGUACUUACCUGAUAAAAAAAUAUAUAUAUAUAUGCUUUUAUAUGGACUGCCUUGGGGGAGACCAUCCUGUUUCACAAGGCAGCGUGUUACAUGUUCAAUUAGUAAUCUGCCCUUCCCCACUCCCUUCUUUCCCCUUUCCCCUUUUCCUGGUGGCACAAUUAUGCAAGUACUUCCAGUAUUUAUGUGUCUAAAGCAGUUUACAGUCUUACACACCAAAACUGACAGUAGGUUGUGUUGAUAUACUUGUAUUAAAAGAUUUAUGAUUUGAGAAUUAUUAUCUAUGUAUAAAUAGUUGAGAAAGCCCACAACUGGAUGAAAUUGGAAAUUUAGUAAAUCUAAUGUUGAUAUUAUUUCUGGGGCAAAUGCAAAAUGUUCUGCUAGACUAUAUCACACAUUUGCAAAUAACUCCCUAUAGUGUGUGUGUGUAUAUAUAUAUAUAUAUUUUCUUUUUAACAAAAAAUAAAAGAAAAAAGAAAACUAAACUACAAAAGAUUUGCAGAGACCUAGGGAUGGCAAUGGGGUGGGUUUGGGACAGGUUGACCUAAACCCUACCCUGCCACAUUUGAUCAGAGAGUUUCCCAUACCCGUCCUGAAACUGGGUCGGGUUUCAUAGUUAGAUCCCAUCCCCGACCAUUUAAAAAUGAAAAAAACACAAGAUUCUGAUCUCAAAACUACUGCAUGUUGCACUUUUAUCGGCCUUUGAGCUGCUCUAUCUGUCAUACUCAAAUUGCAUUUGCAUCAGCUAGAAUUGCAUAUAGUAGUACAACCAAUCUCUACAAAUUUGGUGUAAUCUCACUAUUGAUCUCUUACCUUAUGGUUUUGUACUUUAUGUUGGAAUCUAACCAUGCCAUGUAGUUCAAAUGCUGUAGGAAAAACAGGCAAUGAGUGAACUGACUGCUGAUAUAUUAUUAAGUGUGGUGUAUUAUGUGAGUUUGCUGUAGGUAAACAAGACAUGAAGCCCAACAGCAAUUGGUAGUGGUAUGUAUUUAUCCCAACCAUGGGGCAUUUGUCUGGAGCUUCCGCGUGACCACAAUUGUAGAAACGACAUAAAAUGGUGUGAGAUGUUAAAAACUCCAUUAGUUAUAAACGGAAGUGAUGUGAUGAUUCAAGGGGCAAAUGCUGCCAUUUGAAAAGUGAACAGUAUGCUGAUUCUGUUGGAAGUGGAUGGAUUUUGUUGGAUAGCAAAAAUUGAAGGCAGCAAGGUGAUCAGUCACUUGUAUUGCCAUGGCGCACCGAAAGUGACAUAAUGAGAAGCUACCCAAGGAGGUAACUUAUUUGGGCAAACUUUAGAGUUUAGAGUCAUGUAUUAGGAACGGUACAUGACUUAUUUGGAAUAAUUUGCGGUUGAAAAAAUCAAUUAUUAUUAUUAUUUUCUCCUCUC